AUGUGCUACUCUGAAGAAUGUGUCAAGUCAGCUGGUAUGCUGCUAGCUAACAUGGACCUUCGGGUAGACCCCUGCCAGGACUUCUACAGUUACACCUGCGGCCGCUGGGCGGACAACCACGAAGUUGAGGACUCCACAUACUCCUGGUUCUCGGACAGGAGCAAAUAUCUCCACGCUAAAGUAGCAAGUAAGCCUAUUGUGUAA